UAGAAGGCUUGUGAUGUAUUAAAUAGCUGAACGCUGGAAGGAAAAGAUAAACAUGCUAAUCACGUUCAAGAGGAGAAAAAAGUGAAAAGUUCUCCUUUCUAUCUUCAUACGUCACCAGCAGAGUUACCUCAAGGACAUCUAACUGCACAAGGUGAUCUCCUUAACCAGACUGGACUCAUGCCGGACUACAACAAACUAUGCAAAGGGAAAAUGAAAGAAAACCUCAGCGAUUUCUUGACUUCAGUGGAAGGUAAGAUCGAUGUAAAAACCAUAAGCGAUGCUGAGGGACUAACUGGAUUGUUAAGGAAGCCUCCCUCCAUGCAGCGAGACCUGAACCCGCUUUCCUACGAACAGAUCUCAGCUUUCAAGUUGCAACCAGGGAGGCUGGGAGAUGUAAAAAAUUCACUUUCAUCCAGUCACCGCAAGAAGAAGAAGAGGAGGGAUCAUGAAGACGGUGAAGGUAAGAAGCACAGGCGGAAGAAGAAAAAGCGGGAAAAUCACGAUGUCACCUGAAACGUUACUCCUGAAGCGUUACUCCUGUAGCGCUGGGAGAGAACGCUGAUCUGCGUUAAAGCAGUAUUGAAAUAAUUAAUAACGAAUUUCUAAAGUGAGGUCGGGUCUAAUUGCUGUAUUAUUGCACAGCUUACCUCAAACAAUGACAUAUCGGGUAUUUUUGUAUUUCAGAUGAAAAUCCACCUUUUUUUGUUGCAAAAUGUCCACAUUUAUUUUGGCCUAAAUGGAGUAUUUGGUACUCAGAGUACAUCAUAAUGUUGAGAAUGUCAUAAUCUGACCCAUCAGAAUGUAAUCUUAAAUCUUAUUGUAUUUCAGUAUUCAAAGAUUUACUGUAUCAAUAAUGUAUGGUCAAAUUCCUUUUGGCAAAAUGCCAAAUAUAUUCUGAUUAAUUGUAAUCCUCUACCAGAUUCAUCAUGAGUCCUUGUUUUGCUGAUUAAUUGUAAUCCUCUACCAGAUUCAUCAUGAGUCCUUGUUUUGCAAUAUGAGCCAAUAAUAAACGGGUGUUUGACUGUACAAAUUUUAUUUAUUCCAUUAUUACACCAUUAGUAAUUAUUACACCAUUAGUAAUUAUUACACCAUUAGUAGUGGUCCUCUACACAUUGUAAUUGAUUACAUAUCGAUCUACGGUCGCAGGAAAGAAUACCAAUGUAUUAUGUUCUAAGUGUGCUCCUUUAUAAUCCAUACCAAUGUGCUGAGCUAAAUACAUGCACUACUUCCCUGCCCUCUACUAAACUAAAGUGAGGUAACCAACAACAACAACAACAUGGCGAACCUAGCAAGCUAGGAACGAGGAGCCGAUUUCCUUUUCGUGUAUCGCUCGGUCCUUUCGGUACAGAUUUCCCUGCAGCAUAGUCGGGAUGCCGGCCCAGGCAUAUGAUGCACUCUGUUAUUUUCGCAGCUCUAACGAAAGCCACUACCAUUUACACCAUGGUUUGGUGAGUGACGGCUGCCCUUCAGUUUUUGAGAUUUUAGCCCAACUGGGAUUCAAACUUGCAACCUCCAGGUCAGUAGACAAGCGGAUUAACCGACUAAGCCACUGAGCCAUGAGGUAACCACUUACCAUAUAACGUAGGGGGUACCUUAAUUAAGUUGGGAUCUGGGAGUCUGUAGUUUGGGAAACAGCUGAGGCUACAGUAUUCUUU